UUUCUUUUUCUUUUUCUUUUUUUUUUUUUGCAACAAGUCUGUGGGUCGGCAACGGGACAGAGGCAGCGCAGCAACUCGUCGAUCACAGGCAUCGAGGCUGCUCUACAACUUGCUCGGUGGAGAGAGCACAGGGCAGGAGUCCUGCUGCCGGGGCCUCCAGGGAAGCUGCUUUCUCUUCAAAUUAAGGGGUGGGGUAGGGGCGGAUUGCUCCUGAAACCCUUUCAUCUGGACAGUUGAAAGCUAACCAGCCUAGCCUGACUCCGGGCAGUGGAAAAGCCUCGCUGGGGUUGGAAGGGGCAGGUGUAUCCCAGUCCCUUGGAGGAAAAGAAUUGAAAUCCAGGGUGGGUGCUAGGCCGCCUCUAGCUGGGGGGAAGAUUAUUUUUUCCCCUUGGAGAAGUCUCUGCGAAGGGACCAUGUGGUCCUGGCGCUUGUGGGUCUGUUGGGGACCUCUGGCUGCCUUGUUGCUCCUGGAGAUGCCACCGGUGGGGCAGGCGCUGCCUCCUAUUCGGUAUUCUCACGCUGGGAUCUGCCCCAACGACAUGAACCCGAAUCUCUGGGUUGACGCUCAGAGCACCUGCAAGCGGGAGUGUGAAGCGGACCAGGAGUGUGAGACAUAUGAGAAAUGCUGUCCCAACGUCUGUGGCACCAAGAGCUGUGUGGCUGCCCGGUACAUGGAUGUGAAGGGCAAGAAGGGUCCUGUGGGGAUGCCCCGAGAGGCCACCUGUGACCACUUCAUGUGCCUGCAGCAGGGCUCUGAGUGUGAUAUCUGGGAUGGCCAGCCUGUCUGCAAAUGCAAGGACCGAUGUGAGAAGGAGCCCAGCUUCACUUGUGCCUCUGAUGGCCUUACUUACUAUAAUCGCUGCUACAUGGAUGCUGAGGCCUGUUCCAAAGGCAUCACGCUCACCGUAGUCACAUGUCGUUACCACCUUACCUGGCCCAAUACCAGCCCCCCACCACCAGAGACCACUCUGAGCCCUACCACCGUCUCCCCAGAAACUCCCAUGGUGGACGUGGCAGCCCCAGCCCUGCUCAAUCACCCUCACCAUCAGUCAGUCCGUGUAGGGGAGACGGUGAGCUUCCUCUGUGAUGUAGUGGGCCGCCCUCGGCCAGAGAUCACUUGGGAGAAACAGCUGGAGGACCGAGAAAAUGUGGUCAUGCGGCCCAACCAUGUACGCGGCAAUGUGGUUGUCACGAACAUCGCCCAGUUGGUUAUCUACAAUGCCCAACCCCAGGAUGCAGGCAUCUAUACCUGCACGGCUAAAAAUGCCGGGGGGCUCCUUCGAGUAGAUUUCCCUCUGUCUGUGGUGCGGGGGGAGGUGUCAGCCUCAGAGCAUGGGCCAAAUGGGACGGCCUUCCCCAUGAACGAGUGCCUGAAGCCACCUGAUGGGGAAGACUGUGGGGAGGAGCUGACCCGUUGGCACUAUGAUGCCCAAGCUAAUAACUGCUUCACUUUCACCUUUGGCAAUUGCUACCACAAUCACAAUCACUUUGAGACCUAUGAGGCAUGCAUGCUGGCGUGCAUGAGUGGACCCCUGGCUGUGUGUGGUCUGCCUGCCCUGCAGGGCCCCUGCAAAGCCUAUUCUCCUCGCUGGGCAUACAAUGGGCAGACCGGCCAGUGCCAGUCAUUUGUCUAUGGAGGCUGCGGGGGCAACGGAAACAACUUCGAGAGCCGAGAGGCUUGUGAGGAGACUUGCCCCUUCCCUCGGGGGAGCCAGAGAUGUCGGGCCUGCAAAGCCCGGCAGAAGCUGGUGACAAGCUUCUGCCGGAGCGACUUUGUCAUCCUUGGCAGAGUCUCAGAGGUGACGGAGGAGCCAGAUUCUGGACGAGCCCUCGUGACUGUGGAGGAGGUACUGAAGGAUGAGAAGAUGGGGCUGCAGUUCUUGGGUCAGGAGCCAUUGGAGAUCACCUUGUUGCACAUGGACUGGGCCUGCCCCUGCCCCAACAUAACUGUCAGUGAGGCCCCACUCAUCAUUAUGGGAGAAGUGGAUGGUGGCAUGGCGGUGCUUCAGCCAGAUAGCUUUGUGGGGCCUUCUAGCAUCAGGCGGGUCAGGAAGCUUCGGGAGGUCUUGCACAAGAAGACCUGUGAGCUCCUUAAGGAGUUCCUUGGCCUUCACUGACCCCCUUCUCUUUGUGUACCUUUCCUCCAUAGUCCUCUUUUACCCCUUUCCCCCUUCCCUGAAUCACCUUCUUGAGCAUAAAUACACCUGGCAUAGUUAGGACCAACCCUGAGUCUUACUUAGGCCAAUAAGAAAACUUAAAAAAAAAAAAUCAGUCAGCAGCAAGUCACCAUUUCCUGAGCCUGCUCCGGAGAAGAAAAUCUUUAGUCCCGUUAAUUUUGUUUAGAAAAGGGUCGACUUCUCCUUUAGCCUAUCUCCAUCCUAGUGAUUUAAGAGCCAGCUUGGUGAUGUAGCCAGUUUUCCCUGGGGGUCUCUUCAAACCUUCCUUGGUAGCCUCUGCCCCUGUUCUAUUACCCCUAAAUAAGGCAGACUUGUGGGUUCUGUAACUCUGUGUGUGUGUGUGUGUGUGUGUGUGUGUGUGUGUGUGUGUGAGAGAGAGAGAGGGAGAGAGAGAGAGAGAGAGAGAGAGAGAGAGAGAGAGACUAGAUGAGCUGGAAGAGUUGUUGUGCUAAGGGAGAGGGAGAGAAUAGGGAACAGUUUGUCCUGGCCUGCUGUGGCCAUGUGGGGGCAGAAAUACCUUGAGUUAAAAUGGGCGUGGCUGCCUCUGGGCUAAAAUCCAGGAUUGGUGGAGGGGAUGUUGGGGGAUUGGGGGAAAAGGGAGAGUCCUCCACUUUGAGAGCAGAACCUAAAACUUGCCCCAACUGGAGGCUAAUGGGAACUUUGGAGGGCAGGCCAUCCCUCUCUCCACCUGGUGGGUGACCCAGUUUUCAUAUGUGGACCAGGUGUCUUUGGGUGGGAGCUAGUCUGUGCUUUGGAAAAACAUACCCUGGGGUGCUUAAUGUUACAAAGACAUCAACAGGGUACGUUUUCCUUCAGCUUGGCUUCUAGAGAGAGCUGGGGAGGCAGACCCAGUUCUGUUCUGGCCCAUCUCUCAUUGCAUCCCCAAAGGAAAGGUAAACAACACCCGAGAAAUCUCUAGCAGAGGCAGGGCAAAAGGGCCUGUUGUUUAGUUUCUGAUGUCCGUCACCCCAUUAUCCAGCUUAUGAGGAGCUCCAUUUCUGUAUUCCCUCCCCAAGACUCCCACCGAUCUCAGCAAAAACUAAUUCUCACAGCUUCUCCAGGGCAUUGUUCCAGCCAGUCCAUGCAAAAAUGCUAAAACCCCAAAAUGGAGAACAGAGGACUCUAGGACAUAACCUUUUAAGAGAUAGCAGGGCAUAUUUUACUUGCCAGGCUAUCAUCCCCACAUUAGUGCAGGCUCCCAGUUGGGGAAGGCCCCUGCCUAGAUAUAGCAGACACUCUCAUUUCAUUCCAUCUUAUUCUAGGUACAGGUUGAGGGGGAUAUACAUCAGACCGAACCAGAGCAAUUCUUGGAGAUUUUCCUCUUGGAUACCAUUUUUUGUCUCAUUUCAUAGGUAGGGAAACUGAGGCAUGCGAUUUCUUCUUUUUUGCCCAACAAGGGUCCUGGAAUAGAUGUCCUGAUUUUUUCCCCUAGCUGAGAGCUCGGGCCUUUUUCCAAUAGCUUGCUCUGUUAGGAAAAUAAAUGGGACAGAAAUAUGUCAGUGUGAGUUCUUGGUUGAGUGUUCCCAGGUGCACAUGACUUAGCUAUCACCUGUAUCUAGUCUAGCAAUGCCCCCCCCCUUUUGCCCUUUGAUACACACACACACACACACACACACACACACACACACACACACCGUUUCUGAACAUUUCAAGAAGAUCAGAAGCCACUUUGCUUCCCUUCCCUGUUGUGAAAGUGACAUGGGAGACAAAAAUCUGUUUCUAGAUAAAGAUAUGGGAGAGGAAAGGAGGAAGAAAGGUGGAAGGGAAGAGAAGCCUAUUUGUUUGAGGGGAUGGAAAUGUUGCUCACUGCUACCAUCUGGUGUUCAAAUUGGGAAUCAGUAGGAUAUUAGGCAGGAGAAUCAGAGCUCACUAGAGAAAGAAAUUGAGACCCAGAGAAACAUUGUCCAAGAGCAUUAACCGUGAGUGCCUGACUUCAUAGUAGGUGCGUAAUAAGUGCUUGGCUGAUUGAUUGAUUGAUUGAUUGAUGAUCUGAGAUUAGAACAGGAGUCUUGAAAAAUUAGGACCUCAGAAAUCAUCUUAGGUCAUUUUACAGGGAAGGCACCUCGAAUGAUUUAUUGUGGUCAGUCAUUAUGAACAGGAUUUGUCACGUGAUCAUGGGAUUUCUCUAAGGCAGCACACCUAAAGGAGUGAUCACUUGUUCUUUAACUAUCACCUCUUAUCUCAUCAGGCCUUCAUUUCCUUCUGCUGAAUCUUAAACAGAAAGCUGAACAGUGGAACAUUUCUGAGUCAACAGCUCACCAUCCCCACCCCGUUCUUUGCACCGCACCCCUCACCCCCUUCUUCAUCAGGAGAGCACAGAGGGCAAGACCUAAGAUCCUAACAAAAGGAGAGGGUCACGGUGGAGAAUUUCUCUGUCUUUCCUGAGUGUCUGGAGAGAAAUAUAAUUAAA